UUCCCAAUUUGGGGUAGCAGUCUCCAAUACGUAGUAUGUUUCGACCUGCCUGAUGGUAAAAUGAAUAUCAUUGACAAUAGCCUGGCUGAAUCCCACUCCUCAUUCAAUGCCAAAUCCGGAAAAAACCACCAUCAAUGUUGAAAAAAUUCUUGGCCGAUUCACUUACCAAGUGCAAGGUUCCAAAAAUGGAGACUCAAAUAAGAAAAUACACUACCCACAUGGUAACAAUGUCGUGGAGGAACAACAUAGUCUCAAUGGAGACAGGGGUGUAUGUGAUGCGCCAUAUGGAGACCUACUUUGGCGAAAGAGAGAAAGAAUGGGAGUGCGGGUUCAAUGCAAAGGGGGGAAAGAGCUUGGACAUGUUGCGAAUCAAGUUUGCAAAGACACUACUUAUAUGUGCACACAACACCCGAGGUGCCAUCAACCAAGCUGUCGCCACUUGGCAUUGGAAGGGAAAGCCGACAAAGUUCAACUUUGAUAAGUGGGUCGAUCAAUAUGGGCUGGAUUGA